AUGUCUAUCAAGACCCGUAAAAUAGCAGUUGUUGGAUCCCGUGCAGUAGGCAAAUCGUCAAUGACAGUACGUUACGUGGAGGAUCAUUUUGUUGAGAGUUAUUACCCAACCAUUGAAAACCAAUUUAGUAAAAACAUCACAUACAAGAAUCAAGAGUAUGCCAUCGAAGUUUUGGAUACAGCAGGUCAGGAUGAAUACAGUAUGAUGAAUGAGAAACAUCUUGUGGGGAUACAUGGAUACUUGCUUGUCUACUCAGUAACUUCAAGGCAAUCAUUUGAAUUGGUUGAAUUUAUAAGAGACAAGAUACUAAAUUCAAUUGGGAAUGAAAAUAUACCCAUGAUACUAAUUGGAAACAAACGAGAUCUAACAUACCAAAGGCAGGUUGAAGAGCAUGAAGGGGCCGAGCUUGCUCGUAAAUUCAAUUGUCGCUUCUUAGAAACGUCAGUAAAGGAAAAUUACCAUAUAAGUGAAGCAUUCGAAGGAUUAAUCGACAGGAUUGAAAGGAUACAGAAUCCACCUGUGGUGAAGAAGGAAGAUAAGUGUGUAAUUAUAUAG